UAUUAUUUUUUAUUAAUACAAUGGUGUCUAUAAUUUCUGACUUGGAUCCUCUGAAAAGCUGGAAAGUUUUAAGAGAGUCUGCCACCGAGCUAUCUGGAGCAUUACCAAGUAACGGCACAGCUAACAAGAUGAAUGGAGCUUUGGAUCAUUCAGACCAACCAGACCCAGAUGCCAUUAAGAUGUUUGUUGGACAGAUUCCCCGUUCAUGGUCGGAAAAAGAGUUAAAAGAACUUUUUGAGCCUUAUGGAGCUGUCUACCAGAUUAAUGUUCUCCGAGACAGAAGUCAGAACCCUCCCCAAAGUAAAGGUUGUUGUUUCGUAACGUUUUAUACAAGAAAAGCUGCUCUCGAGGCACAGAAUGCACUGCACAAUAUUAAAACUUUACCUGGGAUGCAUCAUCCUAUUCAGAUGAAACCUGCAGAUAGUGAAAAGUCCAAUGCCGUGGAAGACAGAAAAUUGUUCAUAGGAAUGGUUUCGAAGAAGUGUAAUGAGAACGAUAUCAGGGUGAUGUUUUCUCCGUUCGGCCAGAUAGAGGAAUGCCGGAUCCUGCGGGGACCCGACGGGCUGAGCAGAGGCUGUGCGUUUGUCACAUUUUCUACAAGGGCAAUGGCACAGAAUGCAAUCAAAGCCAUGCACCAGUCUCAGACCAUGGAGGGCUGCUCUUCGCCAAUCGUGGUGAAGUUUGCUGAUACCCAAAAGGACAAGGAGCAGCGGCGCUUGCAGCAGCAGUUGGCGCAGCAGAUGCAGCAGCUCAAUACUGCCACGUGGGGAAACCUCACAGGUCUGGGAGGACUCACACCACAAUACCUAGCUCUUCUGCAGCAAGCAACUUCCUCCAGUAACUUGGGUGCCUUCAGCGGCAUUCAGCAAAUGGCCGGCAUGAACGCUUUACAAUUACAGAAUUUGGCAACUUUAGCAGCCGCAGCAGCCGCCGCCCAAACCUCAGCUACUACCACCAAUGCAAAUCCUCUCUCCACAACGACCGGUGCUCUGGGAGCCCUCACAAGUCCCGUGGCUGCAUCAACUGCUAAUUCCACAGCUGGCGCAGCCAUGAAUUCUUUGACUUCUCUGGGUACUCUCCAAGGACUGGCUGGAGCCACUGUUGGAUUGAAUAAUAUUAAUGCACUAGCAGUUGCUCAAAUGCUCUCAGGUAUGGCGGCCCUGAACGGCGGACUCGGCGCCACCGGCUUGACGAACGGCACGGCCGGCACCAUGGACGCGCUCACCCAGGCCUACUCAGGAAUCCAGCAGUACGCGGCCGCCGCACUGCCCACCUUGUACAGCCAGAGCUUGCUGCAGCAGCAGAGCGCGGCCGGCAGCCAGAAGGAAGGUCCAGAAGGGGCAAACCUCUUUAUUUACCACCUCCCCCAGGAGUUUGGAGACCAGGACAUUCUGCAGAUGUUCAUGCCUUUUGGAAAUGUUAUCUCUGCUAAAGUCUUCAUUGACAAACAGACCAAUCUGAGCAAGUGCUUUGGUUUUGUUAGCUAUGACAAUCCCGUCUCCGCACAAGCUGCCAUCCAGGCUAUGAACGGCUUUCAGAUUGGCAUGAAACGCUUGAAGGUUCAGCUGAAGCGCUCCAAAAAUGACAGCAAACCUUACUGAUCUUAACCCCAGAUGCUUACUGCUCUUAUUUUAGCUUUCUUAGGACAUCUCCAUAGCCCAUCGUUUGCCUAGCAUGUCCCUGUGGCGUCUCAAAAAAAAAAAAAAAAAAAAAAAACAAAAACAGUUUCAUCGUCCCGUCAUUGUUUCUGAUGUCUUUCUGACCUCACAUCAUGUUUGGUUCUCCUACUGACUUUUGAGCUAGUCUGACCUUUUGAGAUUUGCAUGUGACCUCAUCUAGCUAUGAAAUCUGGGAAGUCAAUGUGAAAAACAAACAAACAAAAAAAACAAAAACAAAAAACACAAACCAUUGCUGCAAUCAUGCAAGACUGAAAUUUCUUCUUAGAUAAAUUAAUGAUAGGAUUAAAAAAAAAAAAUAAUAACCUGUGGCAAAAUGUUGUUUUCUUUCUUUCCUUUUUUUUCAUUUUUUUUCCUUCUCUCUCUUUUUCCUUUGUUUAGUUGUUUCUUUUUCCAGUUUUCCUUUCAUUUCGUAAAAAAUAAAAAAAUAAAAAUAAAAAAAAAACAGACUUGAAAGUAUUAUACAGGGAUUGGCAUUCUGCCUGGUCACUGGUGACAAUAGCAAUAUGUGUCCAGAGGCACAGAAUGUUGGUUUCUAACAGACUACUUCCAAAACAGUUUGAGAAAUAAAAACUGUCUGAUUUUAAGUCUCUAGAGGUCUGUAAUAGUUUUUACAUUUUUCAGGCAGUGUAAAGUUUUUUGAUAAGGCCAUUUUAGGUGGCUCACUUUCUCAUUAAAGUAUAUAUAUAGAACCACUUUUUGUAGAUUAGUAUAAGAAAAUAUUUACCCUGUUUUAGGGCAAAUGCUACCUACUUGUGUCACCUUUUGCUGAACUGACUCACAGUUAGACAAUCCAUGGUUUAAUGCACAUGAAAUUACCUAUAUUUUAUACUGUUUCAAUGUACAGAAGAAAGGUUACUGUAAAAUGUGUUACGUUGGUGCUUCUGUGAAUUAAGUUGUGGUUUCAUCAUGAGUCUUAUGGUCUUAAGUGUUCUAUGUUUAUAAAGGACGAGUUUAAAAUUGGUUUACUUGAACAACAGGAACAAAAAAAAACAAGAUUCAAAAACAAAAAAAACCAUAAAAAAACUGUUUGCUUUAAAAAAAAACAAAAAAAAAAAGGAUUUCAUGUGAAAAAUUAAAAACUAUUCCAGAAUAAGUUUGUGUUGGCUUGUGACGCAUUGAUGUCAUUUUUUUAUUGUGAACAAUUUAGAUGUGUUUGUGUUCAGCAAAAUGUGAUCGGUUUUUCUUUUAAAGAAAAAAAAUCAGUGAAACUAUAGUGCCAAAUUCCAAAGGUACUUUCUUCCUAGAGCUUCAGUGUGUUUCUUGUGUGAAGUAAUUUGAUAACAUGGGUAUUUUAUUAUGUGUUUUGUAUAAAUCCCUAAUAUUUAAAGAAAAAAAAAAAGAGGUUAAAAAGUUUGUUAACUUGCUAUCCUGUGGUCUUGUUGCCUGAAAUUGUUAUUGUUUGUUAUUUCUCUUUGAUGUUUUUUGUAAAACAUUGUACAAGUGCCCAUGUUUCACUUUUUUAACCACUCUGCACACAUCAAUGCUGUGAAAGCAAACCUCACAAUGUAUUUUCUUCAUAUUGUAUGGAAACCUCUAAGGUGAGAAAGUUUUGAACUUUUAACCCUUUCCACCCAGAGCUGUCUUGAGUGUUAAUACCUUUUAUACAUUCACCAUUUUGCUGUUUAUU